UGGACAAAUAUCAGCUGCGGUCUGACAGAUCACUGGAGCAUUACCUGAUGAUGGGGAGCAUGGCUUUACCCACUGCAUGCUCCUGUGUAGCUCCAGGUAUUUGGGGCGUGGUUUCUACAGAAGGUGUUUUUAACAUUUCCAGGUUGUGACACCUGAGGAAGAGGCGUUAACCAGGUGCCUGGCUCCAACGACAGCAAUCACUUUUACUCUUCUUAGCGCUACUAAUUUGGAUUCACCACUUUUUGAAAAGGGAACAAAGUGAAAGGAAACAAACGGAGUUUUCUGGGAUCCUGGUGGACUCCAUUUGGAGCGGCUUUGGAAGAUGAAUUCCGCCAGAUACGACGGCCACAAAAGCCAGCAUGAGCGGAUCGACUUCUUGACCAGCAAAGAGAAGGUGCCAUCAAAGCGGAAGACUGGCAUCAUAGUCGGGGUUCUUGUGGCGCUUCUCCUACUUGCAGCUGUUGCAGCGUUACUCAUUUGGCUGUUUAUUUUUAAAAAUGCUGAGUCAGAAGUCAUGCUUAAGAACCAGUACAGCCCAUCAGUGCGGGUCUUCACUGGGCAUAUGAAGCUGGCUGAUGUACCAUAUGACCAGAAGCUGGAGGAUCCCCAGAGCAAAGAAUUUGAGGAUUUGGCGCUCCAGCUGCAGGCAGUUCUGGAGGAGAACUACAAGAAGGAUCCAUUCCUUUCAAAAUACUACACCACCUCUGUGAUCACUGCAUUCAGUGAGGGAGUGAAAGCCUACUACUGGUCCCAGUUUGACAUUCCUGCAAGUGACCUGGAAAUGCUGCCGAAGUUCUCAGAGCAGCUGGUGAUGACUGCGCUGGGGGGCAGCACCAAGGGACAGCGCAGUGUUAUGAGCCGCAUGGAUAUCAAGAUCAGUGAAGUCACGGCCUUACUCACAGAUCCUCGCAUGGUCAGGAACCCGAAAGACAUGGGAUGUUUCAACCUGCUGAAAGCUGAAGACAAGAUGCAGAUAUUUACAUCGCCAGGGUUCCCCACAGGCCACCCCCCCAAAACUCGGUGUCAGUGGCAAAUCCGAGCAGCAGCGGACAAAGCCAUAUCUGUCAGUUUCCCUAAAUUCCACAUCGAGGAUUACUGCUCGGAUGAUUUUGUCUUCAUCUAUGACUCUUUGAGUCCAGAGUAUUCUCAGGCCAUUACACAGAAGUGUGGUCAGAGGCCCCCCUCCAAUCCCCUGGAGGUGGUGUCAUCUGGCAACAUCAUGCUGAUUAAUCUGAUUACUGACACGGAGGUCCAGAGACCUGGCUUUGAGGCACACUACAGAGCCAUCCCCCUGUCCAAAGUAAAAACCUGUGGUGGCGUCCUCUCUGAAAAUGAAGGAGUCUUCACCUCCCCCCUUUACCCCAGCUUUUAUCCUCCUAAUAUGGACUGCAAGUGGACCAUCAAGGUCCUAGAAGGGCGCAAGCUGCGGGUGACGUUCACCAUGUUCCGCGUGAAAGAGCCUGACGUGGACGUCCGUGUGUGUCACAAAGACUACGUGGAGGUUCUGGGCACCAAAUAUUGUGGAGAAAUAUCCUCUUUGGCUCUGACCAGUGACAGCAAUAUCCUAGAAGUGACCUUCCACUCUGAUGAGUCCUACACUGACAAAGGCUUCAGUGCUGAGUACAGCGCCUAUGAUCCCACAAACCCUUGCCCAGACAAGUUCACCUGCAACUCUGGUAUCUGUAUCGCCAAAGAGCUGAAGUGUGAUGGCUGGAAUGACUGUGGUGACAUGAGCGACGAGAUGAAGUGCCACUGUGAAAAGGACCAGUUUUCAUGUUUGAAUGGCUUGUGCAAGCCAAAAAUGUGGGUGUGUGAUCGUGUCAAUGACUGCGGAGAUGGGAGCGAUGAGAAACGUUGCGGUUGUGAGGAGAACGAGUGGCGCUGUGGGAACGGAGACUGCCUGCCACAAGGCGUUGUGUGUGACAAAAAGCAGGACUGUACAGAUGGAAGCGACGAGGCCUCUUGUAAAGACUCUCCGGGUAUCUGUUCUGAAUUCAGCUUCAAGUGUUUGAACCAGGAAUGUGUCAACAAAGUGAAUGCCGAAUGCGAUCGUGUUAGUGACUGCUCUGACAACUCGGAUGAGGCCAGCUGCGAUUGUGGCACCAGGCCUUAUUAUCUGAACCGCAUCGUGGGGGGUCAGAACGCUGAGCUGGGCGAGUGGCCCUGGCAGGUCAGCCUUCACUUCCAGACCAAUGGACACGCUUGUGGUGCCUCCAUCAUCUCUGACAAGUGGCUCCUCUCAGCUUCCCAUUGCUUUGUCACCAGCGACCCGGAGAACCAUGUUGCCAUGAACUGGCAGACCUACAGUGGCAUGCAAGACCAGUACAAACAGGAUGGCGUACUGCGCCGCUCAGUGAAAAGGAUCAUCACCCACCCGAAUUACGACCGUAUGACCUUUGACUAUGACAUUGCACUACUGGAGCUCAGCGAGCCACUGAAGUUCAGUAACACCAUCCAACCCAUCUGCCUACCCUCUCCCUCCCACGUCUUCCCUGCAGGCAUGUCCUGCUGGGUCACAGGCUGGGGCGCGCUCAGAGAAGGAGGUCAACCGACACAGCUGCUACAGAAGGCAUCUGUGAAAAUCAUCAAUGACACGGUGUGUAACGUGGUCACCGAGGGCCAACUCACCUCCAGGAUGCUCUGCAGUGGAUUCUUGACUGGAGGAGUCGAUGCAUGCCAGGGAGACUCUGGAGGCCCCCUGGUGUGUUUUGAGGAGAGUGGGAAGUGGUUCCAGGCCGGUAUCGUGAGCUGGGGCGAGGGCUGCGCUCGUAGGAACAAGCCCGGUGUCUACUCGCGCGUCACCAAGCUGAGAGACUGGGUGACAAAGGAGGCAGGAAUUUGAUGAUGUUAUGAGGAUCAGUGAGGUAUGUAGAGCGGGAAAUGACAUCAAAGUGCUAAAAAUAAUGGAGGAACAUUUCAGUCUGAUUCAGGACAUGUUUCUUCAUUUAGCAGCAAACUGAGGACACGGACUCAGCUACUCACAUGAAUGACUUGGAGCACUUUAUUUGCAAGCCCCCUUUUCCCCAACUUAAGUCCACAUAAACCACAGUGACUCACACGUGUAUAGUUUUAAAGGUAUAAAAAUCAGUGUCUUUUAUCCCCAUCCAAUUCUUACUAGUGUGUGGUUCUCACUAUAAAUAAUGAAAUAUGUAAAUUUUGGCAACCAUUUUCCCAGUAUUUGUAAAAUUUUACCUUUUGAGAUGGAUGCAACAUUGGAACAUUUUAUGAAUUUUAAAAUGUUGUUAAGACUUAGUAUUAUGUAUUUCUUAAAGGGUGAGAUGCCUUCAUGCUUUUGGGCUGCAGUGAAUUUGGCAUUUUGCCAGUGGUUUCAUGCCGUGUAUAGCGAUAAAUUAGGGGUUUUAUUUUUCCAAUAUUUUAAAGCACAGGAACAUUUAGCCUGUUUCCUACAAAAUACUCAUUUAAAACAGCUGACCGUUUUCCAAAGCAUUGCCCUGGUUUUUCAACCGAUUAUAGCAUUUUUAUCUACCUACCUAUCUGCCAGGCAGCCAUUAGUCUGUGUUUAUCUGUAGAAUACAAAUAUCAGCUUGCAGAGACAAUUGCAUUAACAUGUGGUGAUAACAGAAGUCUGACAAAGAAGAGGAAAAAACAACCAAAACAACAUGGUGCUUUCAUCCACACAGGGGCAUUUUCAUAUUGUGUUCUACUAAAAUUAAUGAAAAACAACAAACUGCCUGGAAAGUAGAAAAUGCAUUAAUCAAUCUAAAAGCCCAUGGUUUGUUUUGGAAAUACGCCAGCAGUAAUGUUAAGUAGUCUGUGGGCUAAAACAGACACCAACCAGCAUGGUCCUCGAGAGAAAACUAAUAUGAGACUGAAGUAACGCUUCGGUUUUAAAUAGUUUUCAGCCUGAGGAUGAGAAGCAGUUGGCUUUUACAUGGAUUUCUAGUUGAGAUACACACCUCAAAGCCAAAGCAAACCAAUGGGGCUUUCACAAGUUACCAGAACAAUGCAAUGAGUUCUUAACCACAUGAGAAUUUUCUCUUUGAACACGAACAGCUCAAUCAACUUUCAAAUCUAAGAUUUAACCACAUGCUUUCUUUUACUUGAUUUGCUUCACCUCACGGAAAUAUUAUGCUGGAUAAGCAAACCAAAGAUCUGCAUUAGUAUUAUUUACUGAGGGGGAAAAAAUUUAAGGAAAUUAGUUGAGGAUCUUGCUCAGUGGACCUUUUUAUAUUGAAUCCAUAGAGCGUUACAGUUAAACUAUGUGAGUGUGAAUGUACUGUAUAGUUUUCAGAAAGCAAGGGAUGGUCACAACUUUUAGAACAUGUUUUCAUAAACAUUAUACACUGUGACUGUGAUUAUGGAUGUUGUAUCCUUUUGUAUUGUUUUGUUUGCAUAUGUUUUUAUAAGAAAGAGUCAUGAAAAUAAAAUGUU